AUGACCCGGAAGGCCAAGGCAACAAUUGCCGUGCUCACGACUCUGAUCGCUUAUGUGUCGGUCAACAGUAUAAUCCGCGCAACCCGGCCGACCGCCUUCAUAUGGUACGCGGAGGAUCGGGAGGAGAGGAGCUGGAUCGCGAGCUCGCGCUCCUGGUUCGAUCGUAAGGCAUGUCGGUGGCUUGGCAUCUGCGGUGCGGCUCAUUUCCAGACCGCACACGGCCAAUUCGGACAUCGCGACCCGGCGAAGUGGGCGGAUGCGCCAGAGGUCGAUCCAGAAGAGCCCUGGCGGUCGUUUUGGUUUAGCGGGGCUGGCGAGGCCGAGUGGGAUGCCGAGGAGCGGGCUCGGCGGCUGAUCCCGGACUAUGUUUUCCACUAUGCCCCACUCGUCCAUCUUUAUUCUGGCGAGCAAUUCUGGCCUGGGGAUAUCGCCGAACAUUUGUUUCAUACUACUCCGGCCUUGAAUUACACGCCAAUUCAGGCCCAAUGGGAUCACCCGACGCUGGGAGAUCUGAGCGAGUUGAACGAGUGGGAAAGGGGCAGGCAUGUUUUCUUGACCAGCAAUGACGAUGUUCAGACGCGUCCACCAUGGCUAGAGGGCGAGAGGAAUAUCCCACAAGCAGAUGGUGACAUCAAGGAAGAAUCAUGGGCUGAUUGGGAUGGUCGAGUUGAUGAGGAUAUUCCCGGUGAUACAGAGGAAGACCGCACCAAGUGGUAUGAUUUCCACCAAUUGCAAGAGGAGGAAGCUUCUACACAAGAACCCGACCCGGACGACUAUUUACAAGUGCAAGAAGUCCUCAAGAAUGAGAUUCGCAAUAUUCGCAAGCGGUAUGGAGGAAAAGAGAUCCACGACGAGGGUGCCGGCGGUCGGAGUGACGCCCCUGCAAUCUUGGUAGUCAUGGACAAAGGCAACGGAAUCGUCGAUGCGUUCUGGUUCUAUUUUUACAGCUUCAAUCUCGGCAACACGGUAGUCAACGUCCGGUUUGGAAACCACGUCGGUGAUUGGGAGCAUUGCCUGGUGCGCUUCCACCGGGGUGAACCCAAGGCACUAUUCUUCAGUGCCCACCAAGGCGGAGAAGCCUAUAGCUAUGAAGCCGUUGAGAAAAUCGGACAACGGCCCGUCAUCUACUCUGCCGCUGGCAGCCAUGCAAUGUACGCCACGGCUGGGGAGCACGAAUACAUCCUUCCCUGGGGACUGCUGCACGACGUAACGGACCGCGGUCCACUAUGGGAUCCGGUCCUCAAUUCCAAAUCCUACAUCUAUGAUUUCAAUAAUCAGGAUCUGCGGGCAUCGACCUCCAGUCCCUCGGCCCCAACAGAAUGGUUCCAUUUCAGGGGUCACUGGGGCGACAAGUUCUAUCCAUUAGGCGAUUCCCGCCAGUACCGUUUCGGAGGCCAGUACCACUAUGUUAAUGGGCCCCUUGGUCCGAAAUUCAAACACCUCAACCGUCACAAGGUUUGCCAGGGCCCCGAUCGUGCUCCCUGUGUGAUCAAGAAUUAUAUUGAACAAGGGAAGCGAGCUCGGCGAUGGGGUCCAAGUGGGCCUGGAGAGUAG